AUGGCGACCCUGGCGACGGCAGGGAGACGAAGAGCAUUCUCAAGAAAGUCCCGGACUGGAUGUCAGACGUGUCGAACCCGGCAUGUUCGAUGCGAUGAGGCUCCGGGGUCAUGUCUUAAUUGUACAUCCACUGGCCGCAAGUGUGACGGAUAUGACCGGAACCAAUUGCCCCUGCAUAUCAAUAUCGGCACGAACCUCCCUGGAACGAGCUCUGACGAACGGCGCUGUUUCGCCUUCUUCCUAGGCAAGACGGCGCCCAUGAUAGAAACCUGCUUUGAUUCCGAACUAUGGCGGCGAUUGGUUCUCCCUAUGAGCCAGGCCGAGCCCGCUGUGUUCCACGCGGUCGUCGCAUUAAGCGCGCUGCACGAGAAUUCCGUGGCGAGAGGCCUCGGGAAUGAGUAUCAUCGCUUUUCCCUCAGCCAGUAUAAUAGGGCAAUAACGAAGCUGCAUCAGCGAUUCGGGUCGAAUGAUCCCCAGCUGCACCAAGUUGUGCUGACCUGCUGUAUCAUCUUCUUUACCUUGGAGCUCCUGCAGGGCAAUUAUAAAGCAGCCUUCGCACAUCUCCGGCAAGGCUUAAAGAUCAUGCAAGUCCAACCUGGCAGUCCCGACCAGUUUCCGGUGUUGAAGCGAAGUCACCCAUUAGACUAUGACCCAGCCCUGGUGGAAACAUUCAUGCGCUUGGAUUUAGAAGCUACAAAUUUCGACUUGUCGGGCCGCGGUUUACGGCUUGGAAACACCAAACGACCGCUCGCCGUCCCCAGUCAAGAGAGUCUCGAAAUCACUUCACUGGUAGCAGCGAAGCAGCUGCUCGCCAGCAUAACAUGCGACGUCUUCUGCUUUUACGAUCACAGCGCCCGUGUUUUUCAAGGCACUGUCCCGCCGGACCUCCUCUCCUUGUCGGCCGAGCGAUGCAGGAUCUGGCGCCGACUGGUGGAAUUUACGGCGAGCUUUGAUGUCUUUCUUUCGAGAUAUCGUGUCGAGACCACUCUGACUCCCUCCAGGAUCCGCGGCAUCAACAUCGUUCAAGUAUAUCAGUUGCUUUUGAAAACCACGUUGGAGGCUGCAACAACGGCGUCGGAAGUGGCCUUUGAUGACUAUCUCUCCGUUUUCACCACAGUCACCCACUCUGCGGAGAAGAUCAUCGAAAGCCUGAAGGCUGAAUAUGGGCACGAUUCUCUGCCUACCUUGACUAUGGAUAUUGGAGUCAUCCCACCGCUAUACUGGGUGUGCGUGAAGUGUCGCUAUCGGCAGAUUCGUGAACGCGCCCUUCAUCUUCUCGAGUCGUGGCCACAUCGAGAGGGUCCAUACGACUCCAACAUGGUGGUGCAUAUUAUCAAAGCUAUUUUUGCGAUUGAAAGUGAAUACUUGGGGAUGGAAGUUGUCCGUGAAACCUGGAGGCUGACGAGUCUGUCAGUCGAGAUAUCUGAAGACCAGAGGGACGGUAUCGUUACUUAUGCCCUCUCUGGUGAUCCGAGGCUGCAGCAGCGCCAGUUUAAGCUCGCGGGCGUAGAUUCCUUGACUCGAACCUAA